CCAAAAUAUCUUUCAACUCCAUUCCACCACCCAGAAAUUAAAAAAUCUACUGACUUUUUCAGAUAUUUUCACCCAACUCAACUCUGACUCUCAGGGAUCGGACGCUAUAAAACACAUGGAAACCCCCACACAUGCUUUUGAAACUUCAGUAAACACAACACCCACGAUCUGGUUCGUUCUCAGGCAAUUACCACCGGCGUCUGUAUUCUUCCGGCGACAUAAAAGCGGUUUCCCGAUAAGCAAUGGAUCAAAGAAAGAACAACAGCGAUCGAGGUUUGUGUUGGACAAACGAAAGGCACGUGGACUUCUUAAACACAAUGGAGGCUUCAUUUGUUCGAACAAUGUUUGAAAAUAACGGUCUUCUUCUUCCUCUAGACCGGUAUUUACCGGACAGUUCUGAAUCAACCCUAGAUUUGAAGAAAGAGAGAAGAAGAAGAUUCUCCACCUCAGAUAUUAUGGAUCCAAGUGUCACAACCGAUAGGAAAGGGAGGAGGAGACUAUUAUCCCAGCCGUACACUUCAUCAAAAGACCAGGUGGUCCCACAGUCUCAAAGCAGAAGAGAUGAUAAGAAGGAGAAAGCCCACCCUGGUGUCCCCAUCACUCCGGCUGCACCUACCAAUUGAUGAGAAAGACUCUUCCCGUAGAAGGGUUUCUUUUUUUGUUUUCACAAACGAUGUUGUUUUGUGAGAUAUCACCUCUGCUGUACAAGCUAUGCCUUUCUCUUUCUUUGGGUUUUUGGAUUAGUUUUUCUUUGUGUGUUUUGCUAACUCCAUUGUUCAUUCUUAAUGAAAUAUCUUCUCCGGUGCUUCUGUAAACAGUAGCAAAGGGAUGGUUUAAAUGUGGUUUUAAAGCACAACAG